AUGGCUGUUGGUAAGAAUAAGAGAUUGUCUAAGGGUAAGAAGGGUUUGAAGAAGAAGGUCGUUGACCCAUUCACCAGAAAGGAAUGGUAUGACAUUAAGGCUCCAUCCACUUUCGAAAACAGAAACGUAGGUAAGACCUUGGUUAACAAGUCUACCGGUUUGAAGAAUGCUGCAGACUUUUUGAAGGGUCGUGUUGUCGAAGUUUGCUUGGCUGACUUGCAAGGAUCUGAAGAUCACUCUUUCAGAAAGGUUAAGUUGAGAGUUGAUGAAGUUCAAGGUAAGAACUUGUUGACUAACUUUCACGGUCUAAGCUUCACCACUGACAAGUUGAGAUCCAUGGUUAGAAAGUGGCAAACUUUGAUUGAAGCCAACGUUACUGUUAAGACUGCAGACGACUACGUUUUGAGAGUAUUUGCUAUUGCUUUCACUAGAAGACAAUCAAACCAAAUCAAGAAGACUUCUUAUGCUCAAUCUUCGCACAUUAGAGCUAUCAGAAAGGUCAUCUCUGAAAUCUUGACCAGAGAAGUCCAAAACGCCACCUUGGCUCAGUUGACCUCCAAGUUGAUCCCAGAAGUUAUCAACAAGGAAAUUGAAAACGCUACCAAGGACAUUUUCCCAUUACAGAACGUCCACAUCAGAAAGGUCAAGUUGUUGAAACAACCAAAGUUCGACUUGGGUGCUUUGAUGACUUUGCACGGUGAAGCUUCUGGUGAAGAAAAGGGCAAGAAGGUCGGUGGUUUCAAGGACGAAAUCUUGGAAACUGUGUAA